AUGUUUACCGAAAUAAUUUCAAACUUGCUAAAUAAUUUAUUCGAUUCUUUUGCCGGAGGAUUGUGGACCUUUGGGUUCAAGGCCGGAGACCUUUCCUUAAUAUUAAAUGAUGCUGAUGAUUAUAAUGUUAUUAUUCAAGUAGGCGAGAAUAACAAUACAAAAGAAUUUCGUGCACAUUCAGUAAUUUUACGUGCUCGUUCUCCUUAUUUCAAAGGUGCUCUUUCAUCUUGUUGGAUUACAAAGAAAAAUGACAUGAUCAUAUUUAAUAAAUCAAAUAUUACUCCGAAUGUUUUUGACAUGAUUUUAAGAUAUAUUUAUACUGGUGAACUUAAUUUGACUAAACAAUCGUGUGAAGACAUUCUUGGAUUACUAAUUGCAUCAGACGAAUUAUUAAUUGAAGAAUUAUGUAAUUAUAUUCAAGAUUAUUUAAUUGUAAAACCAAAUAAAUGGAUUAAAAAUAAUUUUACUCUUAUUUUCCGUACUGCGUUUAAACUUACUGGUUGUAAGAAAUUGCAAGAUUAUUGUUUUGAAUCUAUUUGUAAAAAUUUUGAUUCAUUUAUUACUACAAAUGAUUUUCUCUCACUAGACAAGGAUAUUCUGUAUGAAUUACUUAAACGAGAUGAUUUGCAGAUUGAAGAAGUUGUUGCUUGGGAUUACUUAAUCAAAUGGGGUAUUGAACAGACCCCUAGUUUGGGAAAUGAGAAUAAUGAUAGAACCAAAUGGAAUAAUGAAAAUUAUGAAUCAUUAAAGAAAACUUUAAAUCAAUUUAUUCCUCUUAUUCGAUUUGUGGAUAUUUUUUCUGAUAAAUUUUUUGAUAAAGUUCAACCUUAUAAAAAUAUUAUUCCCGAUCAAAUUUAUAAGGAAUUUGAAGAUUUUUAUAAUAAUAAUAAAUAUACCUUAUCAAAAACGAAAAUUUUACCACCUAGAAUAGGAAAUUUUGAAUCAGAAAUAAUUAAACCAAAACUUGUUAAUAUAAUUAUUAAUUGGAUUGAUAGAAAAGAUUAUUAUACAAUUAAUGAUUCACGUUAUAGGUUUAACCUUAUUUAUCGUAGUAGUCUUGAUGGUAUUAGUAAAGAAUCAUUUAAAAUCAAAUGUAAAGGUCAAGUAGAAAGUUUGGUUUUAAUUAAAGUUGAAAGAUCAAACAAAAUUUUUGGUGGAUAUAGUUCUAUUGGACUUAACUUGGAUGAAAAUGAUAUGGAUUCUAAUGAUCAUGAAAAAUUUUAUUAUUCUUCAGAUAAUUUUAUUUUUUCAUUUGAAAAUAAUGAAGAUAUUCAAAAUAUGAAAAUAAGUCGUAUAAUAAAUCAUUAUAAGGCUAUAUAUAAUCAUUCUAGUACCGGAUUUAAUUUCGGUUUUAAUUCAUUAUUCAUAACAUUUGUAUCAGGAAAACAAUAUUUAUACGCUCAUAAUGAAAGUCAUAAUUAUGAAGAUAAUUUAAAUACAAAUGAAAUUUAUGUUAUUGAAGAAAUUGAAACUUUUAAUGUAACUAAAGAAUAA